UCUUCUCACAAGGCAAGGCUGAAACUUUGUUCUCUUUUUUUCAUAUUAUUAAUACAAAGAGACCACCCUUCACGGCGGAGGAGAGGGUCUACAAAGACAAGACGGAGGCCCCUACCCGCAACUUCCAAAGCACUUUUCUGAAGUUCAUCUCUUUUAUACAUUUGACACGUGCCUCACAACCCAAACAGAUGGGCCCCGGUUUUUCACCUAUAUAUACACAAAUCGCCUUGCAUACUUUAUAGCAUCAGAAAGUAAAAUCCAUCAAUAUAAACUCAAAAACCUUCACCUCCUCAGGCUUUGAUUAUACCUUAUUUAGACUUCUUGUCUUUAUCCUUAUGUGUAAUUCAGAGCCUUCUUCGCCAUCCUGCCUUUUCUCCCAAUAAAACCCAUUUUCUGAAUCCUAACAAAAACAUGGACUGUCACACUACUACUCAUCAUCAAGAAGAACAUGAACUACAUAGAUGGCCAACUCCUUCUGAGGCCUUGGAAGAAAUCAAAGCCAUUGGGAAAGUCUCUGGUCCAACAACUGUCACUGGUCUUCUUAUGUAUUCGAGAGCCAUGAUCUCCAUGCUUUUUCUUGGGUAUCUCGGUGAGCUUGAGCUCGCUGGUGGCUCUCUUUCCAUCGGGUUUGCCAAUAUCACUGGCUACUCUGUAAUCUCUGGCUUGGCUAUGGGAAUGGAACCCAUUUGUGGACAAGCUUACGGCGCCAAACAGUGGAAGCUUCUUGGCUUAACUCUGCAAAGAACUAUCCUUCUCCUUUUCUCCACUUCUAUUCCAAUAUCCUUCAUGUGGCUUAACAUGAAGAGAAUCCUUCUGUGGUGUGGCCAAGACAAAGAAAUAUCUUCUGUGGCUCAUACUUUCAUUAUUUUCUCAAUUCCUGACCUCUUUUUCCUUUCAUUGCUUCACCCCCUUCGCAUUUAUCUUCGAACUCAAAGCAUUACGUUGCCAUUAACUUACUGUUCUGCCAUCUCUGUACUCCUCCAUGUUCCACUCAAUUUCCUUCUUGUUGUUCAUUUCAAGAUGGGCAUUGCAGGGGUGGCCAUAGCUAUGGUUUGGACUAAUCUCAAUCUCUUCCUCUUGUUAUCUUCAUUUGUAUAUUUCUCUGGUGUUCAUAAAGAUUCAUGGGUUUCUCCAAGCAUGGAUUGCUUAAGGGGGUGGUCUUCUUUGCUUUCCCUGGCUGUGCCAACUUGUAUAUCAGUUUGUCUUGAAUGGUGGUGGUACGAGUUUAUGAUUAUGCUUUGUGGGCUUCUUGCUAACCCAAAAGCUACCAUUGCUUCCAUGGGAAUCCUUAUUCAAACAACAUCUCUUGUUUAUGUCUUCCCUUCAUCUCUAAGCCUGGGAGUUUCAACAAGAGUUGGAAAUGAACUGGGUGCUAACCGGCCUGCAAAAGCCCGCAUUUCCAUGAUUGUUUCUCUCAUUUGCGCAGUAGCAUUAGGCCUCAUGGCCAUGCUGUUUACAACAUUAAUGAGGCACCAAUGGGGAAGGUUUUUCAGCAACGAUGCUGCAAUUCUUGAGCUGACUGCAAUAGCAUUACCAAUUGUGGGGCUUUGUGAGCUCGGAAAUUGCCCCCAGACAACUGGCUGUGGUGUAUUAAGAGGAAGUGCCCGCCCAACAAUCGGAGCAAACAUCAAUUUAGGUUCAUUUUACUUAGUGGGUAUGCCAGUGGCUAUGUUCAUGGGAUUUGUAGCCAAAAUGGGGUUUGCCGGGCUCUGGCUAGGCUUGCUUGCAGCUCAAGCUUCAUGUGCGUUGCUCAUGCUAUAUGUUCUAUGCAGAACAGACUGGAUGGUUCAAGUUGAAAGAGCAAGAGAGCUUACACAAUCUAAGACAACAACAACAACAACUAGUACUACAUUAUUUUUGCCAGUUUCAUCAUCAAAGCCAGAAGAUUCUCUUGUCAUCAACAAAGAUAAUCUUGAAGAAAUAUUGUGCAUUAAUGAUAAGCUUGAGAAGUCAGCGCCACUAGAAACAGACCCACUUCUAUCUGCUAAACACACUACUACUGUGCAUUGAUCACAGUAAACUUCUCCCCAUUUUUGCCUCUUCUUGAGGAGCUGAUGUGGAAAUUAUUCAUUAGCAGAAAGAGGGUUUUCCUCUCUCAUUUUCACUUGUAUUAUUGAGUCGUUUUUUUUUUUUUUUUUAAAUAUUAUCAUCUAUGUUGCAUUAAUGAGCAGCAGCUUGUAGAACAGAACAAAUUAAUAUACUUCUAAAAUUAGCUCAA